AUGCAAUGGGCUCUGAGAAAUUAUGGUGGGAAAGGCUGGAAAUCUGAUUUAUUUAGGCUUGCACUCGCGGAAACUCUUCACGAGCUCUGGAUGUAUCGGAAUGAUUCCUGUUUUAAUCAAAGAACAGAUAAUAGGAAUUGCCUAGAUAGUAUUAUAAACAACAUAGUAUAUAGAGGGUGGACUAGUCCUAAGCUUAGACCACAUAUAGCUAGGUUACUAUUACCUUAA